AGACGGUUUUUUCCUGGCGUUUCCUAUCCCCACACGCGUGGCAGUACCCACGGCUAUGCCGCGUGGGAGGCACUUCUUAGUUCUUUGUGUUUCCAAUGCGUGGCCGGUUUAAAGGGCGCUGGGUCGUCCUCCUGGUGUCCAGAACCACGAAGGCUGUCGGUGAUGGAUGACGCCCACGAUCUCCGUGUCCGUACGGCUUCAUGAUGCAUGCUCUCUCGCGCUCGCUCCCGUCGCGACGGGGCAGCGCCCUCCUUCACCUGCUGGGCUGCUUCGCCUUCGCCUCCGGCCUGCUCAUCUUCGUUAUGUGGUUUGGUAUGAAUUCCGACCGCGAUCGCAUCCCACCGCUCCUGACCCAGUUGAUCCCCGCCGGCCAUUGUACCUGCACUAGCUCGACCAUUUUCCAAUGUGAUAGCUGUCUGUCCUGCGCGGCCAGUGACCUGUCGGUCAAUGGCCCGGCGCCAUCGAAACCGCACUGGAAGUUCCAGUAUGGCCGGGAUGAUCAGAAUGAGGGGCUGGACCGGGCACAAUGUCAGGUCGCGUUCCCUGGCCUCUUCGAGGACGUGUCUCGAGCAACAAACUACUGGAGAGAACGCGGUGGAAUUACCGUUGAUGACCUGGACGCCAUCCCUCUGCAAUACGGAAUGGCCCGCGCGUUCAUUCACAAAGGCGAACUAUACGUGGUCGCUGCCCGCGCCAAAGGGGAAGAUCAUCGACGCAAGAUUGUGGCCACACUGAGCUCGAUUCAUCGCGCGCUGGUCGCGUCGCCAGAUCGAGCUUUCCAGCCUGAUCUUGAGUUCAUCUUCUCCAUCGAAGACAGGGUGGACGAUGUGGUGGAGGACCCCGAUCAUCCCAUAUGGGUCCUCGCGAGGAAGCCGACGGAGCAGGCAGUCUGGCUCAUGCCAGAUUUUGGCUUCUGGGCAUGGGAUAAUCUCUACAACACCAUCGGUCCCUACGACCAGGUUGUCGAUCGAAUAAAGAAAUUAGAUAUUCCCUGGUCGGAGAAGAAGAAGCAACUCGUCUGGCGCGGCAAGCCGAGUUUUGCUCCGAAAUUGCGACGGGCAUUGAUGGACGCCGCUCGGGGGAAGCCUUGGGACGACGUGAAGCCUAUCGAUUGGUACAAGAAGACGAAUGUCAUUAAGAUGGAGGACCACUGCCACUACAUGUUCAUUGCGCAUGUCGAAGGACGAUCUUACUCCGCAUCUCUGAAAUACCGCCAGGCCUGCCGCUCCGUGGUUGUGGCGCAUAAGCUUCAGUACAUCCAGCAUCAUCAUUACCUACUCGUGUCAUCCGGGCCGAACCAGAACUUUGUGGAAGUCGAGCGCAACUUCACCGAUCUCGCGGAGAAGAUCGACCCCUUGGUCGCGAACCCAGCUCUGGCAGAGAGCAUUGCCGACAACAGCGUCAAGACAUUCCGCGAACGCUACCUCACUCAGGCCGCGGAGGCGUGCUACUGGCGGGCGUUGUUCGACGGAUACGCCAGGGUGUCCAAUCAAAACGUCACGCUAUGGUCAGAAAAGGACCAGAAAGCAAGGGGACUGCGCUAUGAAUCGUUCGUGAUGCUUGAGAGCCGUCUGAUGUAUGAGUUCUCGACAUCUGUGUCGUCGCAGUGGUACGUAUGACGGUUCAGAUAACGCCAUAGACUGCCUACACACAUGGCAUGGCAUCGCAUCUUGGGAGUUGGCGGUUGCAGCGGGAUUCCACUCGAGAUACCUAUUUCCGGUUGUUCUUUCGGGUACAUUUAUUUGCAUAUACAUUUUAUUUGACGCUGUCGUCUCGCAUCUAGUGGAUGUUGAGCAUGGACAACGGUACAUUAUUUAAUACUGAUAG